AGAUUACAACCAGCACAAGCUGUCAGACAGAGAGAAGGAGAGCUGCUCAGAUCACUUGUCCAGAAGACACUUCGGAAACAAACACGCCAUGGAGGCUGGAGCGAGAGGGAUGCACUGGAAACUUUUGAUACUUUCUUGUCUUUUGGCGGACGGGAUGAGCCAGGACUUUGGACAGACCCAGUUCAUUUGCACGUCCGUGCCCAAGGAUAUGGACAUAUGCGCCGCUACACUGCAGAACAGCGUGCCUGGGGAGGAUCUCAAGAGCACGGUCAUGCAACUGCGAGAGACGGUGCUGCAACAGAAGGAAACAAUCAUGAACCAGAAAGAAACCAUCAGGGAACUGACCUCCAAGCUGACAAGGUGCGAAAGUCAGAGCGCGUCCGAGCCCGGAGACGCGAGGGUCGGCGGCAGACGGAAGGAAACGGGCACAAAGAACACAAUGGGAGAUGUGUCGAGGGGUCCGACGGACACACUGGCUCAACUCUCACGGACUUUACAGUCACUCAAGCAGAGGCUGGAGAACCUGGAGCAAUUUAGCCGGAAUAACAACUCCGUCCAGGCGAACAGCUUGAAGGAUCUUCUGCAGACCAAAAUCGACGACCUGGAGAAGCAGGUCCUGUCCCGUGUGAACGGUUUGGAGGAAGGAAAGCCCGGGCUGCGCAACGAGAGCGAGCAGCGCGGACGCGUCGAGUCCACUCUCACUUCACUGCACCAGAGAAUAACUGAUCUAGAGAAAGGCCAAAAGGAAAACAGACCACUGGAUAAAUUUCAGCUGACGUUCCCUCUGAGGACCAACUACAUGUAUGCUAAAGUCAAGAAGAGCCUGCCAGAGAUGUACGCCUUCACCGUGUGCAUGUGGCUCAAAUCCAAUGCCUCUCCAGGAGUGGGGACGCCUUUCUCUUAUGCAGUCCCGGGACAGGCCAAUGAACUGGUUCUUAUUGAGUGGGGAAAUAACCCUAUGGAAAUGCUCAUCAAUGAUAAGGUUGCUAAGCUGCCUUUCCUGAUCAAUGAUGGGAAAUGGCAUCACAUUUGUAUCACAUGGACAACUCGAGAUGGAGUCUGGGAAGCUUAUCAGGAUGGUGUAAUGAGGGGAAAUGGGGACAGUCUGGCCCCUUACCAUCCAAUCAAACCACAAGGGGUAUUGAUUCUGGGACAAGAGCAGGAUACUCUCGGUGGAGGGUUUGAUGCCACUCAAGCGUUUGUCGGUGACAUGGCGAAUUUCAACAUCUGGGACCGAAAGCUGUCCGUGGGAGAGAUUUAUAACCUGGCCACAUGCAGCAGCAAAGCACAAGUGGGGAACGUCUUCUCUUGGUUGGAAACCAGCAUUGAGAUCUACGGAGGAGCUUCGAAAUGGACAUUUGAGGCCUGUCGCCAACUGAACUAAAAGAGCACAGAAAUCUCCCAGCCAAUGAGAGAUAUGAGUUUCCAGGUGUCUGUUACCAAAUCAUUCAUCCUUAAAGAACAUUUUCAAUCAAGAAAAAGCAUAGACAUCAAAGUCAAUUGGAAUUUUCUAGAUAUUUCAAUAUUUCUUGUCUCUUAACACUUAAAACAAUCACGUUUUUGUCAUUUAUUUCUGGAUCUUGAAGGCAUGUGCUGAUGUUGGUCUUAGCUUGAAGGCACCGUGGUUCUGCUCUUCUCUGGUUGUCUGUUGGGCAAGCAACGCCUUACCGGAAAACUACUUAACGCGAUACGGCUCAUACUUCCAUCUUUACAGCCUGGAUCAUUUGACCUCUUCCUUCGAACAGGAAGCCAUUUAGUCUCGCAGUAGAUUUCUGAAACACUUAGGUUACUUUUCCCCAUCAGGAUUAUUAGAUAGAUCUACCCACUGCCUGGGAUACUCACUGUGAACUUCGGAUGUAGAAUGUAAAACAAGCAAAGCUGAGUGUGUUCUUUUCUUUUUAAUCAUGCUUUUGUUUUGUCUUAUCACCUCCUGCUUCAAGCAUUUAUGUUUGUUCUUUUUAUUUUUGUUGUUGGUGUGUCUGUGUAUGUGUGUGUGUGUGUGUGUGUGUGUGUGGGUUUGUAAAAAAUAACUUGAUAAUUGCCAACAUAUUUCAAGCCUGGGUGCCUUGGGCUGUUGAAAAGAUCAGAUCUCGACACAUUUGUCAUUAUUUGCAGUGUACUUCUAUUUAUCUCUUUCUUUCCUUGUGUAACUACUGAUACGUUAUGUUGAUUACACCUCGUAACAGUUCAAACGGUUUGCGAGAAUAGGCUGAUAAUUCAAAGUUGUUUUAAUUGUGGUGUGUUCGGCAGGUGUUUGUAUUUUUCAAGGAAUGUUACGUGUACAGAAAACAGCAUGAACAUCUAAAUGCUGAAACAGCAUCAAAGAAAAAAACUGCUUUUAUUAGCUCAUUUUGGGUUGAGAUUUUAUACUGUAUUGUUAUAUGCUAAAAGCAUGGCAGCACUGAAAGAUGAAAAAGGUCUAAAUUUUGUAAUAAAAUUGUUAUAUCAAAAAUAGCAAGUGUGAUAGUGCCUUUAAAUGAUUGAUUUGCAAUGAACAAAUGCAUGUUUUGUACAAAUGUGUACAGACAAUACAUUCUGGGGGAAAAACACACUACUGUUCAAAAGUUUGGGUUCAAUAUAUAUAUAUUUUAACCAAUUCUUUUAUUCA